AUGUUCACGCCUGAUCCCUCCAAUCGACGACCCCGACCUCCUGGUAGCAUUGUCCAUCGACAGGACGUCAAGCCAAUCCCACAUCCUUCCCUUCCAUCUUCUUCGUCUAUACCUGGUGAAUGCAGAUCCCCAGCCUCCCCGCUCGAUGCGAAACACCGAGCAGCGCUCAAACGUAUCAGCGUGGACUCGAGAGAACUGGCCAACAUCAGUCUCGAGCUUGAUGUCUUGUCUUCUCCCGGAGGAGCCAAACCCGGCACUCUCGAAUCCUCCGAAUCUAUACCCAGCCUCUCGUCACUCCGAACACUUGGGGAAGUCCAACCAUCCCCUCCACCGCCUUAUGGAGGCGGAAGUCUGGCGAUAGGGCAAGACGAGGACCUACCGGGGGGUGCUCCCACUCCGCCAAUGCAGGAUUCGACGACACAGCCGGAGACUGAAGAUGAGGAGGAGCUUCGAGCUCAAAGAGCAGCCGAUGCAGCUCGAGUGUUGGGUCUCAACAUCGAUUUCGAUGCUCGUUCAGUCUCGUCAGGCGUCUCAAGCGCCAGUGCAGAAAGCAUGGAUGAAGCGACUAUCCGGGCAAAAAUGAAGGAGAUGAAACGCAAGAUGAGGCGGAGAGAGCAGGAACUUGCCAUGGCUGCCCAAUUUGCUGAACAAGCUCUGUCUACACAAGAACAGCUACUUGCGUGCCUUCCUCAACACGUUCUGGCCGGCUUGCCAUUAGCAGCUAUUCUCGACCCCUCUCCCAGUCGUCCUCAUGUGGCCCCGCGCUCCAUAAGCUCCUCCUCUUCCCGAUCCAAUCAGCCCUUGAACCAGCCUCAUACGCCUGGCGAAUCGUCUCGAUUGUUUCGUACCUUCCGUGCUGGUGAUUCGUCUAUCCCCUUUCACGUUCAUCAACAGCGGCAAUCACGGCCUAGACUCGGCGGACAUUUUUACACUGGACCAACACUGCAGCAAGAAGUCGCCGAUGAACGGAUAUUGACGCUUGAGCAAGCCUUGCAAGAAGCGAGGGAGAGUGAAGAGGCACAGCGCAGACUUGCUUUAAGACUCAGACGAGAAAUGGAAAAGCUUCAACGGUUCGCAGAUCGAGCGGAGGAGGAGGUGUUGGCAAGGGAGCACGCCAUUCAGAUAAGCACGCCGCGUGGUGGUGUGACUCGACAAAGCGGCCGAUCACUAGCCGACCUGCUUAGCACAGCAGAGCCUUUUGGCUGGGGAUCGACUUCUUACCCUGCCUUCCCGUCGACUUCGAGGACAUCUGACGAUGCGCAAGCACCGGAUCUUGGAGAUGUAAGCGAUCGACUGAGAAGACCUGCAACAGUCAGUCGGGGAGCGAGUCCUUCCUCCAUUCGUUCGACUUCGACUUCUUCUCGACAUACGACCCAUCUCCCUCUCGACGCUCGACGCAUACGCAAGAAGAUUUCUCAAUCCACCUUUCUUGAACCGCCGAGCUCUUCUUCUCGCAGGACGGCCAUCUCAUCCGACGGAUCGAGCUCCGAAUCCACGACGACCAGACGAUCGCCUGUAUCUGCUAUGUCAUCUUCGUCAUUUCGUCGUUCGCCCUGGCCCAGCCCUCGCAGAGGCUCCACACCAAUAGAUCCAGAAGAUGAAGCUAACGAAGAAUACCCUUUUCCAACCAUGCGAUCCACCGUCCGAGUGCAAAUAACACCUCGCCCAUCUUUAUCACCAGCAUUCGCUUCCCUUUCUCGCCGAAUGCAAAGCAUGCGGGCUUUCGUCUCUUCAGCCCUUGAUCCCGAUUCAACAUUUUCUCGCGCUCGAACGCUAGGGAGCGAACUUGGCGAUGCGCAAAGCUCCUGGGAUAUCAGUAUGCAAGCCAUCGAGCGCACGUUGAUGCGCGUGACCGAACCGUCGCCUGAGAGGACAGAAGACGAGUCCACAGCGGGAAGCAUUGGCGGCGGUGGUGGUGGUGGUGCUGAUGGAGACAGUGACACAGGAGCAAGACCCGCUGCUCAAGUAAAAGAUCAGGAUGACAACGAAGCCGAUCAGUCAUUUGAAUCGGAUGGACCGGGUCAUACGCCUGAACCGCUCCCCGCACAUGUCUCUGCAGCCUUGUCGUCCCUCGCUCUGGCUCUCGCUCCCGCCACCAUCUCGCCGUACUCGAAAACAGCUUAUUCUGAAGCCGAGCGAGAUAGUCUUAUGCAAAAGAUCACGAGAAGCCUCCCACGGAUCAAAUGGGCAUUGAGCAUUGUUUCACCAUUGGCUAGAAAAGGGCCAAUGGCCGAACUUGUGUCCUCCUCCGAAGAGGAUGAAUCGCCAGACGAACUUGGAACUGAAGACCCUUGGGCAGCACCUUCCUCAGCCAUCCAUCGUCCGGGACUCGAUCAAAUGAGGCGUCGGGCAGCAUACAGAUUGAGCCUGCCACUUCCAGCUCGACCCACAGUGGACCGCCAGACAUCAGAUUCGUCCAUCGCUUUGGCGCAUCGCCGUGUGUCCUCGCAACAACUACCUACGCUACGGACCAUACGGGACAGUCAGGCGCCCGUCAUGGUCCAAAGCGAAUUCUGCGCGGUUGAAAUGCAGACCAUCCCUGGACGGCUAGUGCACGAUCUCAUCUGUCUCUUGGCUAUCCUCUUAGAAUUCGUAGAAUGUACCGUGGUCAUUGUCUUUCGAGUCGUCAUCGACGUUCGAUAUAAUCGCAAGAGCACAAUGGCUUUGACCAGCAGAUCAAAGGGUCAGCGGUACUACUUUUAG